UUUUCAAAUUCGAAUACCUUUCGUUCGGACUGUUUUGUUUUCGAACAUCUUUCAUUCGAAUCAAACCAAACGUCAAACCCACUUUGUUUAUGAAGGAGUGAAUAAUUUCCGCAGCGGAUGAGCGGUGAACUGCAAAAAUGGAAAAAAACAAAAACAAAACAACCACUAAAAAUCAGUUCGAGCGGAUUGUGCUGCUUCUGGAGCAAGAGCCGGACAUAGCAAAGGGUUUCUCCCGAGGAAAUUCCGGACCCUUCUGGGAUGAUCUGGCGGCAGAAGUCAAUAGUUUGGGACCGCCUAUUCGCGAUGGAAGUGGAUGGAAAAAGGUUUGGGCGGACUAUAAGUCCGGAUUAAAGCGAAAACUCGCUCACAACAAACGGGAGCAGAGGGCGACAGGUGGAGGACCCAAUAAAAUUAUCAAUUUGUCCGAGCUGGAGGAGCAGGCAGUUCUACUAACUGGGUUACUUGCGACCGUGGAAGGAAUCCCGGGUACCUCAUCUCAUGGAACACAGUUGGGUUCGCCUUCGGGUGAACCUCAAGAUGCAGACCAGGAAAAUUUUAUAUAUUAUGGUACUUCCGACGAGUGUGACGGUAUCAAUAAUACCAUUCACUUCCAGUCCUCUCAGCCGAAAAAAUCCAGACCUUCUACCACGAGGCUAUUAGAGCUGCAAGUCGAGCAACAAAACAAAUUUCACACCAAUGUGAAAUCCCUGUUAAAAAACACAAAUAAGAAUUUGAGUGAUCUGGUUCAUUAUCAGCGCCAAUCAGCUCGAGCGAUUCUUUCCGUGGAUGCCACACUCAAAGAACAUAUGAGUGAACAAAAACGACAUAACCACGAGAUGGAGAAGAUCGCGCUGGAGAAAUCAAUAGCGACAAAUCCUUGAAACGCAGAUUGCGUAUAUUUCAGAACAUUAGAAUAAUGUUUCAAAAUAUCAGUGAUCUGAUUUUUUAUCUUUAUAUUGUAACUCAAGUAUAAAAAAAUGAAAAAAGUUCUAAUCGUAUUUUUAUAUCUUUCCAUGGAAGAAAAAUCUUACUUAUUUUUUUCUUUGAAGUUUGUUUGGAAUAGCAUCAAAAUUAUAUAAACUUUUUUAAAAUUCACGAAUUUCGCCUAUAGUUUAUGGAACUUCCUUAACCCCUUCACGUACAACAUUGAACUUCACUCGUUGUUUCUCGAUGUGAAAUAAUUACAUAGCUUCAGGCAUAUGAUGAGGA